UGCCUUGCUCCACUCUGCAACCCACUGAAAAGACCCAGGUUCCCUAUCUGGCCCUCUUUGUAUGUUUUCACAGCUGGGAAUUCUUUACCAGCCUGACCCCCAUUGACCUCACCCUUGUCAGCCAAUAAGUGCCAAUUCCUUGUGAGGCUCAUCCAGAGAAACAAGCGAGGGUUGCAAAAAGCUCCUGCUCAUCCCAUUGUGUCUGACCUGAACAAACUGGGAUCUGUAUGAAAACGUCCCUUGGGAAGCAGAAGUGGGAACUGCUGAGGGAUUGGUUGGCAUCUGUCAUGUGAUGGAUGCUAGGCAACAUGUGCUACUGGUCUUCUAGAUUGCAGACAGCUCUGAAGAUGUAUCAGUUUGUGUGUGUAUGUGGGUGAAUGAGCCCCUGAUUUCUCCACGGCAAUCUGGAAAAACUUGCAGCCGCACUUCUACUGAGCUUUUCUUGCCUGGUAAUAAUCUCAGAAGCAAGACAAAGAAUAAUAUACCACCACUGAUGAGAAAAAGUAGAAUUGAUGGGCAAUGAGAAUAAAAGUGUGACAGAGAGCGUUUACACAUCUCGCUCUAAGACAGAAUCAUGAAUAAACUGCAGGACAACCUGGAGCAGAUGAUACCAUGAAGAGAAGUUUACAGGUCCUCUAUUGCCAACUGCUUAGUGUUCUACUGAUUUUGGCACUGACAGAAGAACUUGUGUUUGCUGUUCAAGCACCGUCUCCCAGCUUAGCAUCAUCUCGGGGCUUCCUGACAGACAAUAUCAAUAUCUCAGCUAUGGGGAUGACUCCCGGAAACAAAGGCCGUCACACAGUCAAACCUUUGCCCACAGUGACUCUUGCAAACUUUUUCCCCGCUAGCUCAGUGGAGACUUACACUCCUUCCGUUAGCCAGAAGGAAUCAACCAGCAGCCAUCCCAUUGGCAGCCAAGAACCAUAUCACUUAAACAACCAGAGUGCUUUGUUUUCCGGAAAGACUCUCCCCAAAGGCAACGUCUUUCAAAUUGUCCAAGGCAAUUCCACAGAAUUUGCAGAGCCUUAUCAAAAGACAGGACUACAUUCUCCUCCAACUGUGAGGAACUGGUCUCCAAAUCAGCCAUUUCAGCCUCGGCCUACAGCCCACAGCAAUCAAAGUGGCACCUUGCUGGUAACCACAACAGACUCGCUUGCUUCUUUCCACAGUGAUACCUUGGAAGGCCUUAACAAAGCAGAGAAGGGAAGCUCGUCAGAACUGGAGACACAGGAAACAGAUCUCGCCACCCCAGCAACUGGCCCAGCAACUGCUCCUGAAAUGGUGACAGUGCCUUUUAAACCCCAGCGGUAUGGCAUAUGGGACAUUCUGGGCAGAAAUGACUCUUGGGUGCUGCCAAGUCACACGACAAACCAGAGACCUUUUUUUGCCAGCCCUGGGACUGCGACAGCAGCAGAAUUUGGUGACUCUGGUCAAACGGGCAUUGACGCCAGUGUUUCUACCUUAAAUACAACAAGAAGCCCAAAUGAAACAUCUGUCACACUGCAUCCCUCUGGGCAUAAUGCCAACUUGCCGCGCACAGAGCCCUCCACAUGGCUGCCAAGUUCCACUUCAACAGCAACGGGAAAUUUCCUAAACAGAUUGGUACCUGCUGGAACCCGGAAGCCUGGCAUGCCAGGGAACAUUUCUCAUGCUACAGAGGGAAACAAGCCCCAACACAGGGCAACCAUUUGUCUCAGCAAAGUGGAUAUAGCAUGGAUCAUUUUGGCCAUCAGCGUACCCAUAUCCUCAUGCUCUGUCCUACUAACUGUCUGCUGCAUGCGGAGAAAGAAGAAGACAUCUAACCCAGAAAACAACCUGAGCUAUUGGAACAAUGCUAUCACCAUGGACUACUUCAACAGGCAUGCUGUAGAAUUACCAAGAGAAAUACAGUCCCUUGAAACAUCCGAGGACCACCUGUCUGAGCCACGCUCCCCAGCCAAUGGUGAUUACAGGGACUCUGGCAUGGUCCUUGUUAACCCUUUCUGUCAAGAAACUCUAUUUGCAGGACAUGAACAAGUGUCUGAAAUAUGACUUGCACUUGCAGUCCCAUCAUUAUGGUCUCCAAAAUCUAUCUGUCUAUAAAUCUAUAUAUAUAUUAUAAAUAUAACCUUUGUGUAACCUUGAAUUAUGAGAAACAUUUUGAGCUUCCUCCCCACCCCCAAAAAUUAUCACCCUCUUUUUUAUACAUGUGGUUAAAAACUUUACAGACCAAACUUCAUCUUUAUAAAAUAAAAGUGAUUUCUAAGCAAAAA